AGGCCGUUCCGGUUGCCUGGUGAUGGCGAAGCUGCGCAUGGUCUGGUGUUGGCCCGUCCUCAUCUAUCGGCUGUAACCCGAGCCGCAGGAGACAUGAGUGAGGGCGCAGGCCUGCGAGACGCCGGCACUGCGCGGCCUCCUGCCUAGCGCUGGCGGCCAUGGAGCGCUACGUGGUGGUCCGGACGGUGGGAAGAGGCAGCUACGGGGAGGUGCAGCUGCUGAGGCGCGGCGCCGACGGCAAGCAGUACGUUGUGAAGAAGUUGAAUCUGAGAAGUGUUUCCAGCCGGGAGCGGAAGGCAGCAGAACAAGAAGCCCAGCUUCUGUCCCAGCUUCACCAUCCCAACAUUGUCACAUACAGAGAGUCGUGGGAAGGGGACGAUGGACUUCUAUACAUCGUGAUGGGUUUCUGUGAAGGUGGAGACUUGUAUCACAAGCUGAAGGAACAGAAGGGCACAUUGCUUUCAGAAAGUCAAGUCGUGGAAUGGUUUGUGCAGAUUGCCAUGGCAUUACAGUAUUUACAUGAAAAACAGAUCCUGCACAGAGAUCUUAAAACUCAAAACAUUUUCUUAACAAAAACAAACAUUAUAAAAGUUGGAGACCUGGGCAUAGCUCGAGUAUUGGAGCACCAGCAUGAUAUGGCCAGCACUUUGAUUGGAACACCCUAUUAUAUGAGCCCUGAACUCUUCUGUAAUAAACCUUACAACCAUAAGUCCGAUGUUUGGGCGCUUGGCUGUUGUGCAUUUGAAAUGGCAACAUUGAAACAUGCUUUUAAUGCCAAGGAUAUGAAUUCAUUGGUUUUCAAGAUUAUUGAAGGAAAGCUGCCUCCAAUACCAAAGGAAUACAGUCAACAACUGGAACAACUGAUAAGCAGCAUGUUGAGCAGGAGACCUGAGGAGCGACCAGAUGUUAAAGCCAUUCUGAGGAAGUCAUACAUAAAGGGUCACAUUGCCUCGUUUCUGGAAGCCACAAAAGCGAAGGCCAUAAAAACACGUAAGAAGCCAGCUGCCCCCAUUUUAACUUCAAAGUGUAAAUCUAGGAUCGCUUUGCAGGACCUGGAUCCCAUCCAAAAGUCUGUAAAGAAGGAAGAAAAAGAAUCUAAGAAGAGCAAACCAAAUUAUGUUAGCUAUAACAAUCAACCAGAAGAUAAUUCUUCAAUUACUUCUCACCAAGCUUUGAACAGUUUUAGUGACUCUCUCGCUACUAUAAGCAAGGUACACAUUGAUGGUGUAGAUAUACCUGAAAGAAGAAACUCAAAUUCGGGCAAAUUGAUGAUGGAUGAACCUGCACCACAUUUACAUAACGGCCUUAAUGCAGUACCCUACGAACUUGAUGCCGCUGCUCAGGGUGAUAAUAUUGGACUACACAAUGGUGUAAUGAUGGAAGGAACAGUUGAAAAGUCUCAUAAUCAGAUCUUAGAUGAACUUUUGGAUGGAAAGGACGAUACUUUUAAACUCCUUCAGCCUAUUUUUAAGGAAGAACACUCACCUGAGGUGCAGGUGAAUUUUGAAUCUACAGAAAAACUUCUGCAACCAUUUGAAGCAGUUAAAAUAACAGAGGACUUUUCUGAAAAAGUUAAAAAGCAAAGUGAAGAAGAUCCUAUGCCUUUCCCACCACAUUGUUCCUCAUCUGAGCCCUCAGUUUCACGACAAUACCGGCAAGAGGAAAAUUACUUCAAGAGGAAAACUGAAAAGGGAAAAGCUUCAGCUCCGAGACAAUUGCCUUCUCCACCGUGUAAUAUAACUGAGGUUCGUGAAAAGAAGCAACACCACAGCUCUGAUAAAACCUUCAGUAGCGCUUCCAUAUCAGUGUCCAAUUCAAAGGAUAGCGAGACUGGAGCUUCACAGGACCGUCCAUUAUCAGCCAGAGAACGAAGGAGAUUAAAACAAUCUCAAGAAGAGUUUCCUUAUUCAGUGUCCACAUCAAGAAGAAACUCGCAUUGUGUAGCUUUAGAAUCAAACUCUUACGAAGAGAACCAAAAUGUGAAGGUUAACCGAUCCUUAUCAGAUGCUGCAAUUCAUCGAGGAAAGAAUAUGAGUGAGUUAUCGUACCAACUUUCAGAUGAUGAUGACUUUAGCUCUUCAACCAGCUCAACUGAUAGAUCAGAGGGGGAUGGCAAAGAAAUGAAGCCUGAUUCAAGUGAAAUGCAUGAUCUUGUAAAAUUGAUGACUCAAACAUUAAGGAUGGAUCCAAAAGAUGCCAACAAAGAAAAUCCAUUGCCUGCUCCAGAAUUCAAACUACGGCGGAAAUAUAGAGACACCCUGAUCCUUCAUGGGAAGACUAAGGAAGAUUUCUGUUUCAAUGAUUUCCCUACAGAGCUUGGUUCUGCACCAGCAAAGAUAAAGAGAACAGUUGAAGCUCUAAGAAUAGAUGUCCUCAAAGGAUUAGGAGUGAAGCUUUUGGAAAAAGUGUACAACAUUAUGGAAGAUGAUAAUGAAGCCAGGAGAGAGGAAAGUCUGCAGGAACAUAUGGGUGAAGAAUUGUACCAGAAUUACAGUAUGAAGGUUCAACAACUCAAGUUCUUUGAAGACAAUUCCAAUUUUUGACAGAACAAAACAAUUUAAUGGUUUCAUUUGCUUGUUGCUUGUUUACAGACACUGAUAAUUUAAAGUUUGGCCAUCACAGGUCGAAACCCAUAAGUCUUAAUUUGUAUGACAAAUCCUGGAUUUCUUUUUGGCCAUCACAAGUCGGAAAACCGGAUGUCUUGAUGUGUAAUGGCAAAUCCUGGAUUAUUUUCAUGUUGCUCCAUGCAAUUGAGGACAAGGCAAUCUCACAGAUUAUGACAUAAUGGACAAGUGUGCCCAGCCAAAAUUACUUUCAGUUUUUAAUUAUAAUGACUGUUGUAUCAUAUGUUCUUUAUCAACCUGUUGUUCUUUGUGAAAUAUUAGAUGAACUGUUAAAUAAGCAUUUACUGCUACUUUUGAUAUGCAGUUUUUGACAUUAAGAAUAUUUUAUGCAAGCAAUACCUAUCAAUGGAAUUUACUACACUUUUAAUCUUAAAAGAGUGUGAUUUAUGGGUCCAACUAUGUAUACUGAAGUGUUUAUCUUUUAAUUGAUCAGUCGAAACAAUUACCCAUUACAGAAAAAUAUUUAGACCAUUCAACAUUUUAGUGUGUGGUUUUCGUUAUUUUUCACCAGCUUCUAAAGGACUGAUUUUCCUGCUGUUUUCUUUGUUUUAUUUAUUCCUGGUUUUCACCCUUAAUCUGUGCUUCCAUCUCUCCGAUGGAUCACAAUAGUAUCUAGUCUUGAUGACCUCAGCAGUGAAUAACAUCCAAAAUGGACAUACUGGUUUUCUGUUAAAGGGCACCAAUAGAAAUCAUAACCAAAUGUUUUCCAUUCCUUAUGUAGAGGAAAGGGUAUUUUUAGUGCUUUUAAUACUGAACUUAGCACAGCCUAUAUUCAGCAUUACACAUUCAGUACCUGACCAAACAGGGCAGGAGCAUUGAGCCUUUGGAGAACCAAUUUUCACAAGAAGUUGUAUAAUAGCAUCGGUCUGCCUUAAAAUGAGUUUUACUUGCUCAAAGUAAAUCGAAAUUCAUUGUAUCAUAAUGUAAUAAUUAUGUAUUAAGCGGUCAGAUAAAGUAGAGGAGAAACAAGAAACUAUUUUCAACAAUAAUUUCAAUUCCAAUCAAACCAACACAUCUAAAAAUGUGAUGUGUGUAUUUGUAUUGUAUUAUUUAGCUAAUAAACAGUUAUUGAUCUUUUACAAAA